AUGAAACAGGUGAUCAAACGUAUUCGAACCGACGGCUAUACCAUCACCCAGCAAGACCUCGAGUUUGUCGAUCGCGAACAGGAUGAGUGGCUGCAGCAAUGGACCCCAGAUCCCAUAUUUGAUAAGAAGGUCAAAGAUGCACGAGAGGCCUACAAAGGACUGAGACCUCGUGGCACGAAUGGACCAGUUGAUGACGAUGAUGUCAAUGAUGAUGGCUGCUUCGACCAGCUUCGUCGAUUGAACCCGCAAGAGUAUAUCGCUGCUGAAAAAGCCUCGCAAUGCCACUCAGGCCCAGUGGGAUCGCAAAGGCCACCGACGGACCUGGGUCCCUUCACCCAUGACCCUAUCGCGGGAACUGAGCUCAAUGUUGGACUCGAUAAUGACUCGCAAGAUGACGAUCGAUUGAUUGCUGCCUCUUAUGAAUCUGGGUUGAUUGAAGACCAGGACGACGAUGUUAUCAACAUCCUCACAGAGGGCGAUUAUUGUCUCCAAGUCUGGGGCCGCAAAGAAUUGAUUCAGUUGGAUGGCACAAUUGUCCGAGUGCGUAAACCACUGGUGCCUAUGCGAUGCGUCAAAGUCCUUGCUCGUUGCACUCAACCGGACCUACAAGAGACAACCGACGAAGUCGAGGCAGUCGAGGAAGACGAGGAAGACGAGGAAGUCGACAUUGGACCCAACCGCAUUGCCGACAAUACGGCACCCGAGGCCGUGAUAGCUGGCUACUCUGGCAUCACGGGGUGCCCUGUGUUUGCUACUCCUCCUUCGAUGGGUACCAUACGCAGUACUAUCGACAUGAGUGACAACUCCCAAGGAAUUUCGUUCAGGACGGAGCACAUGAACCAUUUGACUGACGGCAAUGUCAUUUGGCACGAAAUGUCUACAGUGCCCGGAAACAUCAGUGCCAUUAAGCGAUUGGUUAUGAGCAAUGAUCGGAACUUUAUUGACGAUGACGACGUUGCCAGUACCAUCGCACUUCAGCACAAGCGACUCAACCUCGGACUGAGCUUCGAGCCUCCUGCCCACCACAGAGCAGCGGAAGACGGGGAAUAG